AUGGAAAGAGUUGGAAUUCUGUCGGGAGGCUUUUUCCACCACAAUCAUCACAAUGACGUUCACGCCCAUGACUCUGGAGAUCACUUGAAACCUCCGGUAUGUUAUAAGAAAAAGCUUCAUAUUUGGUUUUUUUGUGUAGAGUAAAAAAACAUUGUAUAGUGAAAAAAAGACCUCUUAAAGAAUGACAGACCCGAUUUUUGCUCUUCAAUUUCUUGAAUUUCUCACAAACAAUUCAAUCCAAGAGUCCAGCAUUAAGUGUUUGAAGAGAAAGAGAACGGAAUCCAUCGCCAUGUGACGUUCCCAGGGUUUUUAGGAUACUUUAAAAGCGACGAUUUCGAUACUUUUGAACAGUUUAACAAUUUUUUUGCCUCUUUCUUUUCUUUUCGUAAUCGUGCUGGCGAUGCCACGUCUUUUGUUUCUUUUUUUGCGUUUGAAAACUUUUCUUUCGGGAAAAAAAAAAAUCAAAACCAUAGACGAGGUAAACGCUGACUUUCCGGCGGGUACCAGUUUAAUAAGGAAAAAAAGAUAGCAGGAUUUUUUACCUUUUGUCGUUUUUUUCCUUUUUCAGAUAUGAUUAUUUACUUUUUUUCUUUGAUUUUGAACACAUGGUCUGUGUACCACGACUUGGAAUUUCAACGAACAACAUUCCGCUGUUCCGCCGAGCGCCUUUGCGAAUCUCGGUUGCGCUUUCAAUUUUUUUCAUUCAAAUACUCGCAGUGGAACAAUCCAUCUAUCAGCAAUAAAAAUAGUCUGGAAGGGUGACCUAGUUCCGCAAAAGCAAAGACGCUUCGCGACCGUACGCAGCGGAACGUCGAUCGGUGAAGUUCAAGUCGUGGCACACAGACUAUAACUCUGAAGUAACUCUGGAAAAUGUAGAGCUUCAAUUUUUUAAAAAUCAGUUGAAUGAAGGUUUUUGAUGACCAACUGCUGGAUACUGCCAAUUUGAAGCCACUAAUUGAGCCUAUCCUUCAAAAAACGUUGUUUACACAGACAAAAAUCGAUGACGCGAGAGAAACAUGCCCAACAGCGUCCUUUUUGCAGGUCACCUUACGAACAAUGAGCAAAAGCGAUCCACACCUCGAGAUUCCUCAUCUCAUCUUCAGCCAAGACGAAGGUAACCCUUUUCGAAUUCUUUUUAAACUUUGCCCUGCCUUGUUAUUUUGUUUUUUGCCAUUCGAAGCGGAAAUUUCAACGGGAACUGGGCCUUUUUGUUAUUCUGACAAGGCUUGUUUACCACAGCCUUGAGAUUUUUUCGCGUGCUCGUCCCUCUCACACCACAAAUUUUUUUGAUUUCCCUCUAUCUUUUGUCCAGUCCUAAAUCCUCUGAUUCACACUUCUUUCAACACGCUUAUUCUAUUCCUACAAAGAUAUGGAAAAUCGGAAAUGUACGUUUGGAUUAUAUACGAUGAAGUUUGAAUCAUGAGAAAAUUUGUUUGAGAGUAUGACCUCUGGGAUCAAUUUCAGAGCGAAAUUGGGUUCCGGAAGCUCAAAUUUUAGCUAUUUCAAUGCAAAAAUGAGACAAGAGGUUUCACCCAGUUUGCCUUAAAAUUGAAAUUUUUUUGAAAAAGUCGUAAAAAAAGUCUUUUAAUAAAGUAAAAAUUUCAAACUUUUUGAUUUCUCGUCGGAGUUUUUUAGCAUUGAAUUUUUGGAACUCAGGUGCCUUGAACUCAAAAAUUUGGGAGAAAGAGACUUGGUUAAGUCCAACUUUCCGAACAUAAAAUUUUUUGAGCAGUAUCAUGAAAGUUUUCGGAACCAGAAAAGUCUUAAAACUUUUCAAAAUACAGCUAUAAAAAUUUCAUUCCUUUUCAGAUCAUCCUUCUCUCAACAAGAUCAUGUCGAGCCUCAUGCAUGUGCACGAAGGAUUGCGCACUCCUGUUGCUUCUCAACCAAACCUUCAGGUAACGCUUUUUAUCAAAAAAAUUUGAAUUUAUAGUUGAUUCAUAUCGAUCAGAAAUAAUAAUCCUCUCUGAGGAAAUUGAAAAGAUUCAGAUUCAAGACUUGCUGAAAUAUUGCAGAAAAACGUUCUUUGAAUGCCCUGAAUUCAGUUGCAAACAACUUUUUUUGCAUUUUGUUUUUUUACUCAAAUUAUGGUGUCUGAAGGACGCUGAAAAACUUUCUUUCUUGGCUGCAAUGAUAGAGUUUGGUCUUUGAGGCGUUAUAGUUCAACUGAAAAAAACAGAAGAAAAAAAUGAUCAGCGACAAAAAAAUUUGAAAUUUUUUUCUUUAGUAAAUAUUCAGAAACUUCCAAAAAAAGUGAAAAAGUUAGUCAUUAAUUGUGAUUAAAAAGAUCUGGUGCACAUUUGCUCACUUUAUUUUUUUUUGUUGCAAUAUUUUUCUGUGUCGUAUUUGAUGCUUGGAAUUUUUAGAUCGAUGAAAAAAAGUUACCGUAACUUGGAAAAAGUUUGAAAAACGACGUAGCUAUCGAUAAAUGUUCCUAAAGGCACAAUAUACCUCGAUUUAAUCUUCUUAGAGACUGUUCGUCUGUUCUUCUCACAAUUGAACGCUAGACAAAGAGGAGCCUAACGUCUCAGACUUGUUCCAAUGAAAUGACUCUUGCGAUUACAGGCCCUUCACCAGCAACAUGAACUGAAAGACACCGUUUCUCGUAACGCAAGGUGCGAUAUUUUUCCACUAUUUUCCUUCUUUCUACCGUUUCUGAACUAUGACUCAAUCUCAAAAUUUGAUAUUCAACUCACAAGCUUCGGUGGACUUGAAUUUGUCACAGGAAAACUGCUGAGGAUAAAAAAACUGAAGUAUAGAAUUGAAAAAUUGAAGAAAUUACUGUCUUUUUUCAAUUCAUCACGUUCAAACUUGCGGUCAUUAACUGUUGCAAGAAAUUCAAAAAAGAAAGAAACCGGAAUAUACUUUCGAACUGCGUGACUUUCUCUUGGAAUCUUGAAGAAUUAUUUUUUUGCACUUUGGGCCGCUUUCGCUAUCCCUAGCCGAUAUUUCAAGAAGCCUCAUUUGUCAAAAACUUCUGCCAGCUGUUCGGUUUUCCUAGCUUCUCAUCCAGCACGUAAACCUUUUUUAUGGUUUCUGACAUUCUCAGAAAACGUUUGGUGACUUGAGAAAAGCUUAAUAUUUCAUCAGCUUUCUGCGGAGUUUUCGCAAUGUCUUUUUUCCAUGCUGUUAAAAAAAUCAACCUAAAAAAACUUUUUCUCAAAAAAAAGAAAAAAAUGCUACCUUUUCGGAUUCUUCAAAAUUUACUUUUGUAAUCGUUUGAGUUUUAAUUUACCUCCUUUCUGUAGAUAGCAGCUGGAACAAUGUAAUCUCACCAUUCUAUUUAAUAAAACCUGACGCUGGUAUUUCACAAAAAUCCUAGAUGACUCAUCCUAUUUAUUUUUUUCCUCUCAGAGUUUGAAAAAAGAUUUCAAAAAAAAUGACUCAGCAGAAAAAAAAGAACCAAAAUUUUUCGGACCCAAACUUCAGAAGGUUUAUCACUGGAAGUAAGAUUUAUGAGAAAUUGAAAAUGAGCCAUUGACUUGAUCAAUUACUUUCUACCUGGAGAAAAGUGAAUAACUUAUUUUCUGACAACUUUGUUGGAGAAUACCUUUAUGGCCUGAUUCGCUGUUAUUUGAUGUCUCAGUGCGUCACAACUUUUGCACAAUAUCGAAACGCACAUGUUUGGCGGAAACGUGGCGAUUUUGGCAAUUUGUUGUUUUGGAACUCCAGAGUGACCCACCUGAGAUCACAAGAACACGGCGACGAAAUGAAAGAACCACCGUGCAGGUGACAGGAACCUCAACAUCCGGGUACCUAUAAAUAUGCCCUUGGGGUCUGUUUGGCGUUUCCAAACUGAAACUAAAUACCAUGGUCUCCUGUUCUCGUCCCCCGGUCUUCUCCCCUAUAUCGGAAGUAUUUUGUGUCAACUACAACUCGGCUUCUCACUCCGAAUCAACUUCCACGUGGUAGGAGUUUUUGAUAAGCUGCCAGAAGUGUCAUAGAAACUAUAAUAGUUCCUCAAACGAUUUUGGAUGGAAUUCUCGAAAAAAUCCUUCAUUGCUUAGGAAUCGCUCAAAAAGGGCGUAACAUCAUAACAAUCAGAUUAUUUCAAUCAAAAAAUUCCCUGGAGUUUAUUCAUGAGCUCUUCUUCUUUAGGACUGUUGAAAAAGUUGGAUUGAAAAUACAUCUUCCAAAUUAAUUUUUAUUAACCCAAACAGACUUUUUCGACUUAAUCAAGUAAAAAAAUUUUUGGAGUCCUAAUUUCCAAAAAAAAAAAGACUUGCGAGUUGAGAAUUUCAAGAUCUCCUCAGCUCUCUCCAAUUUUCUCAUUAGAACUUUUUUUAAAAGAUCGCCAACACGAACCCAGAUUUAUUCAUUGAUUGAGAACUCAAAGGGAACUUUUCCAAUCACUCCAGUGUCAUUAUGGUCUACAUUAGUCGCUUGGAACAAAGUACAAAAGCGCAAAUGUCUUCACGUCAUUAGUUACAAUGCGCAGCGUAAUUUCUCAUGCCUUGUCUCGGUGGGUUAUAUAAGGCGUAUUAGUCUACGGCUGAUAUGCGAGAGGAUUUUCACGUGAAUUUUCUGAAUUUUUCUUUUUCAGCUUUUCAUUGGAACAAGCUCAUGUUUUCCCGAAAUUCGUGAGAAAAGGAGUUUUCUCAGAACCAAUUACAUUUUUUUUUUAUUUUCAUCAAUCCCAUGUUAGGUCCAAUUUUUUUUUUCUAAGAGUUUACCUUUUUUUAUUGAUAUAAAAUCUGCCUUUAUGUUAGAGAAAAGCUUAAGAAGUAUAUAAAGGCUUUUUUUUCGAAAAUUUAGUAUGACUGCUCUCGUGAUGAUAAAACUUUCAUUACUAGAGUUUUGCCAUCAGAAUUUCAAACGAACACUUUUUCGCAGGAAUUUUCGAGUAGUUCUUGAAAAUUUAGCUUUGAUUGGAGAGUUAUUCAAGAAGGUUUUUUUGCUUUAAGAAAGAAAUUUUGUGUUACAUCUUGAAAGUUCUGAUUUUCUCAGUAUAAACUAACUUCCGGUCUCAUUUUUCGAACUAAAAGGAUAUUUUCCAUUGUGAUUGUUUGGUACUUCAUCAGUUUUUUUGAAAUUUAAAACUAAGUUUUUCAGCUUUUCGUUUAUGUAUCGUUCUCUUAGUUCAUUCACACUGGUUGAGACAUUUAAAUAUAGGAAUUUUCCGUAAGCUAACAGAUAUGGAAAUUAAAGGCGUCUUUAUAUUAUUUUUGCCUAUUUGAUGGUAGUAUUUCCUACUAUGGAAUUCACGCCAAAAGAAUUAUUGGCAUUUCAUUCGCUUUUCUCUGAAUAGUGCUGUGCCAUAAACAGUAACAGCCUUGGGCUGCUUCGGGUAACUCGCUGAGUAAUGGGUCUCAAACGGAAGACAUGAGGCGCAACGCGUUGGCGGGACCGGUCGCCCAAAAGAGCGUCCGUUCUCGCUACGUCAUUGGCCUCAAACAACCGCAUAUUCUAUCGCAAAUUAACAUCAUAUCCGUCGAUCGCUACCUGAUUUGGCCGGCUACUGUACAGAGACCUAUGAUCUCUUCCUUCUUUUCCGAACAAGCUUUUCAGUUUGACUCUUGGUCUUGA